UGAAGAACACAGACAAGAUGCAGAAGACAGUCAUUCAGUGGGGUUUAUGGGCCCUAUUACUGUGGCCCCAGCAUCUUGCUGCAAGCACCCCACUAGACUGUAGAGAUGAUCAGGGCAACCUGAACCGAUGCACCUCAAUCUCCCAGGAGAAGCUUCUGGAGCGAGUCAUUCAUCAUGCUGAACUCAUCUACCGUGUCUCAGAAGAACUGUCCUCUUUGUUUGAGGAGUUGUUCAUCCCAUUUCCUUUUAGGCUGCAGAGUAAUCAGGCUGCCUAUUCAUGCAUCACCAAUGCCCUGCCCAUCCCUAAUUCCAAAAGUGAAGUCCAGCAAAUAUCUGACAAAUGGCUGCUUCAUUCCGUGCUGAUGCUCAUCCAGGCUUGGAUUGAGCCCUUGGUCUACCUACAGAUGACAAUGGAACGCUACGAUCACGCCCCUGACACGCUGCUCAACAAGACAAAGUGGGUGUCUGAGAAACUUAGCAGCCUGGAGCAAGGAGUUGUGGUUCUCAUUAAAAAGAUGCUGGAUGAGAACACACUGGCCACAGGUUACAGUGAACAAGAUGCAGUCCAGAAUGAUGUGCAGCCAGAGGUGCUGGAAUCUGUUAUGAGGGACUAUACUCUACUGAGUUGCUUCAAGAAAGAUGCCCAUAAGAUGGAGACUUUCCUCAAGCUACUCAAGUGUCGUCAAACUGACAAAUACAGCUGUGCAUAAAACAUGAAGUGGAGCUUUUAAAUAAUGCAGUAUUUGGCUUUAAAUGAAUUUCUUAGGUUGUUAGUGUGCACUUAAAGAUAUGACCAUGCCUUGGGCGCUUUAGCCUCGCUUGUAAUGCAGCACAUUUCUUAUUGAUUAUUUUGGAACACCUUCACACAAAAAUAAGUAGGUGUAAUGCUGUGCCCUUUUGUAACCAUGUGGUGCAUUUUUAGAUUUUUUUUUUCUAUCUCAGUUGUUAUUUUAACCUGGCACAGGCAAAAGAAGACUAACUCCCAAAAGACCAUUUGUAUGUCGAGCUGUCAAAAAAAAAAUCUACAUAUCCCACUAUUGAUUUCCAUUUCCUUUGUUCUUAACUAGAGUUGGUAUUCCUUGCUGGCUCUUGCAGUGUUUUGAUUAUACUCGUGGCCCCUGGAGUAUUAGUGUGCCUCCCUUGUUAAAUGGAGUGGGUUUCACUUCUGCAUAAGAAAAUGUACCGGUUUUGCUGAAGAAGAGAGUUAAAAAGAGCAUUCUCUCUCUCUCUCUGUUUCUCGCUCUCAAAAAUAUUAUCGUGAAAAUAAAUGACUAUAAAUUAACUAACCAGUAUAGCUAAAGAAAGCUAUGAUACUCUUCUACAACUAAAUGUGACUGAUGUCAUCACAUUUAUAAAAGACAAGUGUGAAGAUAUUCUGUUGUGUUUAAAUGUUCAGGGAAUUAGCCAUUUCAGUUUCUGCUGAUUUGUGCUUAUAUAUUUCAUGUAGAAUACAAACAACUAUAUCCUGGUGUGUGAAUAGAUUUUGUGCUGUCUGCAUUUUAGCUGUCACCUGCUGCUGGUGUUUGAAGCAAAUAAAGCAAGAACUAAAAAAAAAAAAGUGC